AUGGAUCCUUUUACUGGCGGCACGGAUACCAGCUCGCUGAGCAGCAUCGGCUCGGGCCUACGCAAGAUGGAUCGCAUCAGCGCUGACGGCGGCUCUGCGGCCUCGCGCCAGAAGAGCUGCAAUGCCUGUGUCCGCGGCAAGCGACGCUGUGAUAAGCGCACGCCACGAUGCACUAGAUGUGCAGCCAAGGGACUCGAUUGCGUCUACCAGCGUCAACCGCAGCAGCAGCAGCAGACACAGCAACUCCGGCAUCAGCAACAGUCACCAGCCGGCACCUCUACUGCGGCAACGGUACCCUCAUGUGCCUCAGUAUCAACCGUUGAGGGCAGCUGCACCACGCCAGAGAUGCCUCCUGAAUUCGACAUGAGCUUUGAUAUCGAGAGCCUCAGCACCACAACCGGCACCAACACCAGCCCAGAGAGCCUCCAGCAGGAUGCGGGGAUGGGGCUCGGCUGCGACCCUCAUUCGCAUCAUCCGCACGCAGAUCUAGGCUUCUCCAUUGUCGACCUAAUGAAUGGGAGCGGCACAGGCGAUGGUGGUUUGUGGGAUCUGAGCGGGUUUGGAGACAGUGGCAAGAUGGACCUCCCCCCAGUUCCUAUCGCGCCGUCACUACAGACAGAACAGCCAUCACAAUCGACACAGUCGCAACACCUACAACCACAACAGCCUAUUCGUGAUCUUUCUAUUCUCCAAAACGAGGAUCAGUGUAUUACAGCCGACGUCUGCCAGGUCCACGACCCCCGCAGCAAGAUCGGCUUCAUCGUCAAAGCCAUUUCUGACAUGUACAGGGGAUUUGCUCAGCGUCGUGAGGCGCCCUUCAUGCACCCUCGCCUCUGGUCCUCACAGCUGCCCAAGCCAAUCUUGACAGCGUUUUCCGCUGCUACGGCAUACUCUACACAGACCCCACAGACCAAAGGGUGGACGCUCAAGGUGUUGCUGGACGCCGUGCGCGAAGUCCAUCGUGACGGUGAGAGAGCGACUACGCAUGCGGAUCGGUUGGCAAGAGUGCAGGCGCUUUUGUUGUUGAACUCGAUGCGCAUCUUUGAUGGUGAUUUGGGCAUGAGGGCCGCGGCAGAGAGAGAGAUGAGCGUGUUUUUGGCGUGGGUGAAAGACUUGAUAGCGCUCAAGGUUGAGCUGGAAGAGGGCUUGCCAGCGUCAGCACACAUGCUGAGGGAUAAGCCGCCAAAGAGCUGGGAGAGCUGGAUCAUGAUAGAAUGCACGAGGCGGACCAUCAUGAUGUCCUUUGCCAUAAUGUGUCUUGUCUUCGUCCUCAAGUCAGAAGAAGCCCCUCCAGAGUUUUGGGAAGACGGCCACAGCUUCACUGCCUCGCGACAUCUUUGGGAGGCCACCUCCUCGGUGGAAUUCUUCCGCGCGUGGCGCGAGAAGCCGCAGUACUGCGUCACAGACAUGAGUUUCAAGGAGUUUUGGAUGUAUGCUCGGGCGGAUGACAUGGAUGAGUUUACGAGGCUGAUGCUGACGACGCAAGUUGGCGUGGAUGCCAUUGAGCACUUCAUGGCAGGCGAAACAAAUAUUCCGGUACCGCCAGGAAUGGGAACACGGUGA